UCCAGUCGGUGGCGCUAAUACGCCACAACGUUACUGACUAAACAAGAAGAAGAACACGCUCAGACAACAGACGCAGUCCGCCAUUUGGCUCCUUCAAGUCCUUCAUUACGUGCGCGUGAAGCAACAGCACAUCUCAGUGAUGGCGGCCGAGCGGCGCGAGGACAAAGAUGGAGAACUCAUUGUUCUUGAGGAUUUGCUGACUGAAGCUCCAGAUCAUGAUGAUGAGCUCUACAACCCCGAGACAGAGCGAGACAUCAGCGACAAGAAAGGUACAAAGAGAAAGAGCGAACGCUCUGAAAGCCGGGAUCUAAAGAGGCUUCGCUCCUCAUCGGGCCACAUCCCCUCCAGAUCUUCAUCUGCAGUUAAGAGGGGUCUGGGAUUGUCCUCUAAGAAGUCAUCCAGCCCUCGCAGCCGCCAUUCCACCACCUACCGUCACGAUUACUACGACGAACGAAAGGGGAGGCAAGGGUCCAGAGAAGGGCCCCGGAGCCGUGGAGGAGAGGACGCACGGCGGAGAGAGUCCCAACGAGGCCUAGAGGGUCUGAGCCGGAAGUUGCGGCGUGAUGAACGGCGAACGACGCUUUCCCCCCAUAAUGAUGAGAACCAGUCAGAGGAAGAGCCGGAGUAUGGUUCGGAGCAGGCAUCGGGCAGUUCCUCCCACGUAGAGGAGGAGGAAGAGGAGGAGGAUCAGGAGGAAGAUGAGGAGGGCAUGGAGGAGGAAGAGGAUGAGGAGGAAGGAGAGAAAGAGGAAGAAGAAGAAGAGGAGGAAUAUGACGAGCGUCGUGGUGGUGAGGGAAACGACUAUGACACAAGGAGUGAAGCUGGAGAUUCGCGAUCUGCCUCCUCUGUGAGUUUCUCUGAUGAUGGUGAAUCAGCCCACACAGGCUCCGCCUCUGAGGCCUCAGAAUCGGAGAAGAAGCGAGAAAAGCUGUCGUCGUCAGUUCGAGCUGUUCGAAAAGGGAUGGAGAAAACUUCCUGUGCCGUUGCAGAUCCCACCAACAAACUCCGUUACAUCCUGCGAGAUGCUCGCUUCUUCCUCAUUAAGAGCAACAACCAUGAAAAUGUUUCCCUGGCCAAAGCAAAGGGUGUUUGGUCGACACUGCCAGUCAACGAGAAGAAACUCAACGCUGCGUUCCGGUCAGCUCGAAGCGUCAUUCUGGUCUUCUCUGUUAGGGAGAGUGGAAAGUUCCAAGGUUUUGCACGCCUGGCUUCAGAGUCUCAUCAUGGUGGCUCUCCCAUCCACUGGGUUCUUCCCGCUGGCAUGAACGCCAAGAUGCUGGGAGGAGUCUUCAAAAUUAAUUGGCUCUGCAGGAGGGAACUUCCUUUCAUUAAGACGGCCCACUUGUCCAACCCCUGGAACGAGUUCAAGCCUGUUAAAAUUGGACGUGACGGUCAGGAGAUUCAACCAACAGUUGGCGCCCAGCUUUGUGCCCUGUUCCCAUUGGAUGAGAGUGUGGACGUUCACCAGGUGGCUCGUCGCAUUCGUCACAAGCGUCGAACUCCAUCGGAACCACGGCCUCGAGGCCGACCGCCGUUACGGGAACCGGGAAGGUUAGCCAAUCAUCAAGCUCCUUCCCCCGCUUCCUGUUCUUCUCCUGCGGCCACCACGGCACCACCUGCUGCCCCACCACGGAGAUGGCUGUUAGCUGGCGGCUUACUUCCUAGCUCCCUGAGGCGGGUUCUCUGGUUGUUGUUGUGGUUCCGGAGCCUCCACUGGAACGCCAACCCGCUCUGCGUCAGGCUGAAUGCUUUGAGUCAGGCAGGAAGUAGGAAUCCUGUCCAGCUGAUUUUAGAGUCAUUCAGUCUAAAGUUGGAUUAUUUUCCGUCUUCUCAGAAAAUUAACUUUUAACUUUAGUUUUGUUUUUGUUUUGUGUCCAGACAGAGGAGCAAGUGAACUUUUCUCUUGUUGCUGAUAAAUUUGUCUUUAAGCUCUUUGUCUCUGCAGGAUUUUGGUCCUUCGGCAGUUUUAAUGAAAAGUUUGGCAGUAGUUGGGACUGGCUGACCCUUUCAGAAUAAAAGCAGAAAGGACGAUGAUGGGACUGAUGGAUGGGGGGGUUAAGUGAGGUGCUUAAGAAGGUGGGGCAGGUGAAUGUGGUUGGGGGCUUGUCUACCUGUAAGGUGAAUUACAGAAUAAAGGACUGAGUGAGGACGAGUCCCACCCUCUUUGGAAAGAACCCCCCCUCCCCCCCCCCAGCAGGUGCGCACACACUAAGUUGGACUUUUCUGGUGGAGUUUGUGUGUCGCUGAAGGACUGAACCUCAUGGUGUGCGCCAUGAUGGGGGGGCAACAGGGAAGUGAAAAUGGACAGAGCCAAAAAAAAAAAAACAAGAUGGUGGUUUCUUGUUCAGGACUUUUGCUGUGGAGAGGGUGGGGCGGGGCUUUGUGUAAUAAUUCAAUGGACUGCACCAUCAUCACCAUCACCCCCAGCCACCCUUUGCAAUGCGGUUUAUAAAAGGACUGAACUGUUUGUUAGGAAGUGUAACCCCACCCACAACAGCGGUAUGUUGCUCCACC